UUGCACACUCAUUCCUUGCCAUUUUCUCUCCUUCCACAUCUUGCAUAGAGGAGGUGAAACACAUCUCUCCUAUCGUAGUCUUUCUAGGAUUAGAAGCUCCUUCCAAUGAAGCCUAUCGUGUCAGUGAUGUUUCUCCUUUUUCUGGUUCUCCUCGCAGCUAACAGGACUACAGGGAUCAGAUUGUUGGAAGAAGAAUCAGUGGCUUCCUUACGCAACCAACUGCAUGAAGAAAAGAGCUUGAUGAAAGAAGGAGCGCUUCUACGUGGAUGCCAUGGGGAUUGUUCAGGAAAGACUAGGAAACUCAUGACCGAUGCGAUGGCCACUUCCAAGAACGAUACCGGAAGCCAAGACGACCUCCACAAGGCCCCGCCUGUUUCAAGGCAACCUCAGACCUACCCGGACGUCGUAGACAUAGCAGGAAUGGACUACUCUCCUGCCAACAGGAAGCCUCCGAUCCACAACUGAAGUGCUACUACCAACCAGCUUAGGAGGAGAGAGCAGUAGAGAUAUUGGACAGCAUUGCAGGAAAUGCUGCAGGUUUCUUGGAUUAGGUCCGGUGCCUCUAAGUAGAUACUACCAAAAAUGAAUGUAUCAUCUUUAU